UCACCGCUGCUGCUGCUAUUUUCCGCAUCUCGACGUUGAGGAGAAAGCCGAGGAGGAGGAGGUUUUGUCAGGUGGUAACGCUGGUGGGGGGGAGAGGAGCGGGUCCGUCCUAUGGAUGUCAUCAUCAUCCUCCUCAGCAGCCGCAGCCAGGCCAGCACUUCCCGGCCCGGCACUUAAUCGGCGGCAUCCUCGGCUCGGCUCGGCUUGCACUUGCCGGUGCUAAGCAAGCCGGGGACGAGCACUCGAUCGCCGGGAGACACAAAGGUCCGUCCUCGGCAUUCGCGCGGAAGGGUGUUGGUGGCGUCAUGGCGAAUGCUUCGCCGGACCUGGACAACGCCGAUGCCCAGCGCCAGCUCAACAACAACAACCGGCCCAUCAGUUCGGCAUUUUGGGAAACAGAGUGCACCAGCGCCAAGUUGUUUGAGUGCUCCCGCAUCAAAGCCCUGGCCGAGGAGCGAGAUGCCGUCCAGAAGAAGACGUUCACUAAAUGGGUUAACUCCCACCUGGCCCGAGUGUCCUGCCGCAUCUCAGACCUCUACAAUGACCUGCGCGAUGGCUACAUGCUCACGCGGCUGCUCGAGGUUCUCAGCGGGGAGCUGCUGCCGAGGCCGACACGAGGCCGCAUGCGCAUCCACUCUUUGGAGAAUGUGGACAAAGCCCUCCAGUUCCUUAAGGAGCAGAGGGUCCACCUGGAGAAUGUAGGCUCACAUGACAUUGUGGACGGCAACCACCGCCUCACACUGGGCCUCAUCUGGACCAUCAUCCUCCGCUUCCAGAUCCAAGUGAUCAAAAUUGCCACAGCUGACAACAGAGAGACACGCUCGGCCAAGGACGCUCUGCUGCUCUGGUGCCAGAUGAAGACUGCCGGGUACCCUGAAGUGAACAUCCAGAACUUCACCAGCUGCUGGAGGGAUGGCCUGGCCUUCAAUGCACUCAUACACAGGCACAGACCGGAUCUGAUUGCGUUUCACAAGUUGACCAGGUCCAACGCUACUCACAACUUGCAGCAGGCCUUCAACGUCGCUGAGCAGAACCUGGGCCUCACCAAGCUGCUGGACCCUGAGGAUGUGAACACGGAGAACCCCGAUGAAAAGUCCAUCAUCACCUACGUGGUCUCCUACUACCACUACUUCUCCAAGAUGAAAGCUCUUAUCGUGGAGGGCAAGAGAGUCGGCAAGGUCCUGGACAACUGCAUCGAGGCCGAGAAGCUGGUGGGCCGGUAUGAGGCAUUGGCGUCAGACCUGCUGGACUGGAUUGAGAAGACCAUUGCUGUCAUUGGCAACCAGAAGUUUGCCAACUCGCUGACCGGCGUUCAGCAGCAGCUGCAGGCCUUCACCACCUACUGCACCGUCGAGAAGCCAAUCAAGUUCCAGGAAAAGGGCAACCUCGAGGUACUUCUCUUCACCAUUCAAAGCAAACUAAGAGCUAACAACCAGAAAGCCUACAUGCCUCAUGAGGGAAAGCUCAUCUCCGACAUCAACAAGGCGUGGGAACGACUAGAGAAAGCGGAGCACGAGAGGGGUGUGGCCAUGCGUAAGGAGCUGAUUCGCCAGGAGAAGCUGGAGCUGCUGGCUCAGCGCUUUGACCACAAGACCACCAUGAGACAAGCGUGGCUCAAUGAGAACCAGAGACUCGUGUCGCAGGACAACUUUGGCUAUGAUCUCCCUGCGGUUGAGGCGGCCAUGAAGAAGCACGAGGCCAUCGAGGCGGAUAUCGCCUCGUAUGAGGAGCGAAUUGGCGUGGUGGUGGAGCUGGCCACCGAGAUGGAGGUGGAGAGCUACUACGACAUCCGCCGCAUCUUGGCCCGCAAAGAGAACAUCCUGGGACAGUGGAGUCUGCUGAAGGAGCUGCUGGUGGGCAGGCGAACCCGGCUGGAGAAGAACCUGGCCCUGCAGAAGACCUUCCAGGACAUGGUCUACAUGAUCGACUGGAUGGAGGACACACAGGCCCAACUGUUGUCCAAGGACUUUGGGAAGCAUCUUCUGGAGGUGGACGACCUGCUGCAGAAGCACAGCCUGCAGGAAGCCGACAUUGGGGUGCAGGCUGAGAGGGUGGAGACACUCAAUGCUGCUGCACUCAAAUUUACAACCAUUGAGGGUUACCAGCCAUGCGACCCGCAAGUGAUCUGUAACCGGGUCAAUCACGUGUCGUCCUGCCUAGAGGAGCUGAAGGAGUUGGCAGCCAAGCGACGCUCUGAGUUGGAGGAGUCCAGGCAGCUAUGGGCCUUUUUCCAGGUACUGGAGGAGUCUGAGGUGUGGAUUCGGGAAAAGAGCUCCAUCCUGGGGGCUCAGGGCUAUGGGAAAGACCUCAGCAGCGUGCUCAAGUUACUCCAGAAACACAAGACCCUCGCCGGAGAACUAAUGGCCCACCGAGCCUUGCUGGAGACGACCAUCGAGCGUGGUCAGCAGAUUCUGAAUGAGAAGAGCUUGGGCACAGCGGGCAUCCAUGAGCGCAUCCUGGACGUGACGGAUGAGUGGACGCGGCUAGAAGAGCAGGCAGCGCAACGCCUCGCCCACCUACAGGAAGCGCUCAACUUCUUCCAGUUCUCGACCGAGACUGAGGACCUGGUGGUGUGGCUGCAGGACUCGUACCGUCUGGUCUCCAGCGAGGACUUCGGUCAUGAUGAGUACUCCACAUGCUCGCUACUCAAGAAGCACCGAAGUGUCAGCGAGGACAUCGACAAGCAUCGGCUGCAUGUGGUGGCGCUGCGCAAGCACUUGCCGUUGCUGCCGCUGCGCUACAGAGAACAAGAGGACGUGCAGGUUCGGGUAGUGGAAGUGGAACAACUGUACACGGAGGUGGUGGAGGUGGCCGUACUCCGCCAGCAAUGGCUCCACGACGCCCUGGCUGUCUAUCGCAUGUUCAGCGAAGUCAAUGCUUGCGAGCUCUGGAUAGAUGAAAAGGAGCAAUGGCUCAACAAAAUGGAGAUCCCUGAGAACCUGGAGGACGUGGAAGUGGUGGCGCACAGGUUUGAGUCCUUGGACCAGGAGAUGAAUAGCCUAAUGGGGAGGAUCUUGGAUGUCAACCAGAUAGUCCAGCAGCUUCUGGAUGGGGGACAUCCGUCCUCCACGGAGGUCAGAGGCUGUCAGGACCACCUCAACUCCAGGUGGAACAGCAUCGUGGGUCUGGUGGAGCAGAAGAAGAACCAGCUGGACAGCAUGCAGCGUCUUCAGAACUACCUACUGGAGUGUAGCGAGAUCAAGUCUCAGAUCCAGGAGAAGCGCAAGGCCAUCGACGCGACACAGUACGCCGGCAGCGAUCUGGGCGGCGUCCUGGCUCUGCAGCGCCGCCUCUCCACGAUGGAGGGGGCGCUGUCUGUGCUGGAGCCCAAGUUGAUGCACCUACAGGAAGAAGCAGAGCACCUUGCCACAGCCCACGCUAACCGGGCCACGGAGGUCCUACUUCCCUUCGACGGCAUCAGCGUGGAGUGGGAAGAGCUUAAACGCACCCUGCAAGGCUGCGAGGACUCGCUUAUGGUGGCCAGCAGACUGCAAAGUUUCAUCCAGGACCUGGACUUGUUUCUGACCUGGCUGGUCCAAACUCAGACGUCCGCGGCCUCGGACCAGCUGCCUAAUGACUUGGAGGAAGCCGAGAGACUCAUCAAUAAACACGCCGCACUCAAGGAGGAAAUUGGACGUUACGAGGAGGACUACGAGCGUCUGCAGGCGAUGAACGAGCUGCUGGAGUCGGAGGAGGCGCCUCUUCCGCAGGCCGCCCUGCAGCAGUGGCUGCAGAAACUGGACGUGGGCUGGAACAAGCUGCUGGAAAUGUGGGAGAGCCGGCGGGACGUCCUGGUGCAGGCACAUAUAUUCCACCUGUUCCUGCGCGAUGUCAAACAGGCAGAGUCCUUCAUCAACAACCAGGAGUCAGCGCUGGCCCACGUGGAGCUUCCCACCACAGUGGAAACAGUGGAGGCUGCGGUGAAGAAGCACAAGGACUUCACCACCACCAUGGAGCUCAACCUGCAUCGCAUCAAGGCUGUCAUUGAGGCCGGCGAGAGCCUCAUCAGCCAGAACAACAUCUACUCGGAGCGCAUACGACAGAGAGUAGACAUGCUUGCCAACAGGGGCAACCAGAACCGCGAGCAGGCUCAUCAGUGGUUGGAAAAACUCAAUCACCAGUGGGCUCUCCAGAGAUUCCUCCAGGACUGUCACGAGCUGGGCAACUGGGUGAGCGAGAAGAUGCUGAUGGCGAGGGACGGAAACUGCGAUGACAUGCAGAAGCUUCACAAGAAAUGGCUCAAGCACCAGGCCUUCAUGGCAGAGCUAGCACAGAACAAAGAGUGGCUGGACAAGAUUGAGAGGGAGGGCCAGCACUUGAUCCAGGAGAAGCCUGAGCUGAGCCCGCUGGUGCGUCAGAAAUUGGAGGAAAUUCGCCAGUGCUGGCUGGACCUGGAGAGCACCACGCAAGCCAGGGCCCAGCAGCUCUUCCAGGCCAACAAGGCCGACCUGCUGGCACAGAGCUACCGCAGCCUGGACCAGAGGCUGGGGCAGAUGGAGGGCCAGCUGGCCUACGUGGACUGCGGCCAUGACCUGGCCACUGUCAACAGGCAGCUGAAAAAAUUGCAGAACAUGGAGUACCAGAUGGAGGAGUGGUACCAGGAGGUUGGUGAGCUGCAGGCUCAGGCGUCCGCUGUGCCGCAACAGACACGAGCCAAGGAGACGGUGGCUGAGCAGCAGGCAGCGGUCGAGGCUCGCAUGGUGCGCCUCAUCGAACCUCUCAAGGAGCGCAGACGACUGCUGCUGGCCUCCAAGGAGGUGCACCAGGUGGGACGAGACCUGGAGGAUGAGAUGUUGUGGGUGCAGGAGCGCCUCCCACUGGCCAUGAGUCAGGAACAUGGCUCCUCCCUGCAGUCGGUGCAGCAGCUCAUGAAGAAGAAUCAGACUCUCCAAAAGGAGCUCCAGGGCCACCUUAGCCGUGUGGAGGAGGUCUUGGAGCGUGCAGCCAUCUUCGCUUCGGUCCGGAGUCCCGAGGCAAAUGCUGUCCAUGUGGGUCACGAGCAGCUGUCCCAGCUCUGGGCGCUGCUCUGGGCCGAAACGGAACGUCGGCAGCUGGUGCUGGACGCCAUGUACCAGGCGCAGCAGUACUACUUUGACACGGCCGAGGUGGAAGCCUGGCUCAGUGAGCAGGAGCUGCACAUGAUGAAUGAGGAGAAAGGGAAGGACGAGCCGAGUACCUUGCAGCUGCUGAAGAAGCACCUGGUCCUGGAACAGACCAUCGAGGACUAUGCUGAGACCAUUGGGCUGCUGUCUCAGCAGUGUCGGCAGCUGCUGGAGAUGGGACACCCUGACUGGUUAGCGAACAAACACACAAUGCAAUCUAUAGACUUUUUGGACAAACUCAAAGACAUAUUAGAUCAGCGCAAGAGCCGCCUGGAGCAGCAGUACUGGCUCUACCAGCUCAACCGCGAGGUGGAUGAGCUGGAGCAAUGGAUCGCUCAGAGGGAAGUGGUGGCUAGUUCGCCCGAGCUGGGACAGGACUUUGAGCAUGUCAGCUUGCUCCAGGAGAAAUUUACAGAGUUUGCAUCAGAGACAGGCAGCGUGGGUCAGGAACGCGUGACGGCUGUCAAUCAAAUGGUGGACGAGCUUAUCGAUUACGGCCAUGCCGAGGCUGCCGUCAUCGCCGAGUGGAAGGACGCCGUCAACGAGUCAUGGGCUGAACUGCUGGAGUUGAUAGAGACACGAGCACAGAUGCUGGCUGCCUCGCACCAGCUGCACAAGUUCUUUGCCGACUGCCGGGAGGUUCUGUCUCAGAUUGAGGACAAGCACCGCAGGUUACCGGAGGUGCGCAUCUGUCAGAGCAGUACGGCCAACACCAGCACGCUGCAAAGGCUGCUGCACGGCUUCGAGCAGGAUAUCCAACUGCUGGUCACUCAGGUGCGUCAGCUGCAGGAGAGCGCGGCCCAGUUGAGGACCGUGUAUGCCGGUGAGAAAGCGGAAGCCAUUGCCUGCCGCGAGCACCAAGUUAUGCAAUGCUGGAAGGAGCUGCUCACCUCGUGCGAGGAGUGUCGGCUACAGAUCACCACUGAGACGGACAAGCUCAGGUUCUUGGGCCUUGCUCGCGAUCAGAUCAUGUGGAUGGACUCCAUCCUCUGCCAGAUCAACACGGGGGAGAAGCCAAGGGACGUGUCAUCUGUAGAAGUUCUGAUGAACUAUCACCAGAGUCUGAGGAACGAGGUGGACGCCCGGAGUCAGAGUGUGAUGGAAUGUAUCGACAUGGGAAAGAUGCUGCUGGCGGCAAGGAACCCUGCAGCUCACCAGAUCAAGGAGAAGCUGGACCAGGUUGUCGCUAAGCAACACGAGCUGUCUGUGAAGUGGGACAAGCACUGGGAGGCCCUCCAGCAACUGCUGGAGGUUCACCAGUUUGCUCAGGAGGCGGUGGUGGCGGAGGCGUGGCUGACGGCGCAGGAGCCCCUGGUCAGCAGCAGGGAGCUGGGAGGCAGCGUGGAUGAGGUGGAGCAGCUCAUACGUCGACACGAAGCCUUCCGCAAAGCCGCCGCCACUUGGGAGGAACGAUUCAGCUCACUUAGACGGCUUACCACGGUGGAGAAGCUGAAAGCCGAGCAAAGCAAACAACCGGCAACGCCUCUGCUGGGCCGUAAAGUCUUCCUGGCCCCCCAGGAUGCACCCCCAGCUCCCCCUCCCAGCCCCCCCCGCCUGCCCCUCUCCCCUGUCAUGAGACAGACCAUCUAUGAGCAGAACGAGGCCAGCACACCGCCCUCCCCCUCGCCCGCUACACCGACGUCAUCCCCCUCGAGAGUCCGAUAUCCCGUCCAUCCCGCCCAUUCGUCCAUCUUGUCCGUGGCCACGGCCGCCAUGUUGGUCUCGGCCAAUCAGGCACGAGAAAGCAGCAGGAAGGCGGGUCACCUUCAAGCCAAGCUGGAAGUGGACGCCAAGCCCUCGCCGUACCUCCGCCAACCCAAAAUCAAACACCUGGACGACGCUGUGACACCCCUCCUUGUUGCCAGCCGGCUGGAGAAGGUUCGGGAGAAAGGCAGGGAGAUGAUAACAGAGAGAGCCGAAGUCGCCGUGAUGGCCGAGGUGGUCCUCCAGGAGCCUAACCGUGACCGGCUCUAUGGAGGGCCAAAGACCUUCAGGACUAACCCUGAGCCGCAGGUCCAUACUCAGACUGUCCAGCUGGAGUGUCAGAUGUCUCCCGAGCAGCUGAUUCAGGCCCGCAAGAACGAGCUUCCUCAGGAGGUGUGGAGGGAACACACCGAGCGGCGGGAGCGGCGGACCCUGGAGAGGCAGACAUCCAGCGAACAGGAAGGACACGGAAGCCACGAGGGCCGGAGAAGGGAGCGAGACCGGCACCGGCUGGAGAGGCAGGAAUCCAGCGAGCACGACACUGGCAAGGAACAGUCUGACAGACGCUCAGGAGGAGGAGAGAGGAGAGCCACCAUGGCAGAAAUAGUGGAGCAGCUUCAGGAGAGAGAAGCAGCACAGGCCCGAGGCGAGGUUUCCCACCUGCCAAACGGCCUACCAGAGAAGUCUUCCCGUCCUGACCGGCCUCGAGCUCGGGACAGACCCAAACCACGGCGCCGGCCGCGACCCAAAGAGACAGGAGAAACCACGCGGCGUUCUCGCUCGGCUCCAGCUCAGAGUGGCCCCGCGGCCCCCCAGCCACCCACACACAGUGCACAUCAUGAGGGUUUCCUCUUCCGCAAGCUAGACAUUGAGAGCCUAAAGAAGAGCACCAACAGCAGGUCUUGGGUGAACCUGUACUGCAUACUGCACAAAGGCGGGCUGGGCUUCUACAAGGAUGCCAAGAACACCGCCACGGCAUACAACAACGAGCCAAUGCUCAACCUUGCCCACUGCCAUUGCGAUGUCACCAACGGAUACAAGAAGAAGAAGAAUGUCUUCACGCUCAAGACGAAGGAUGGGAGCGAGUUCUUAUUCCACGCUAAAGACGAAGAGGACCUGAAGACGUGGGUGAGCAGUAUUGGCAGCAGCAUCGCGGAACACGAGGAGAUGGCCAAGUGGGGCCUCCCCCAAGCAACUACCUCAUCCACCGAUGAGGGCACGCGGCACGACGGCAGCAAGGCUGGCUCGGAGCGUGGCGGCGAGCGAUCAGACCGAGCCGAGAAGGCAGAGAAGGCGGAAAAAGAGAAAGAAAAGGACAAGGAACGGGACAAAGACAGGGCAGAGCGCUCAGAUCGCGGUAGAAAGGUGGAAGCCAAACGCUCAGAGAAGUCCAGUAAGAAAAAAUGAUGUCUUCUCACCGCCUCCCACGUGGAAGCGCUUGGAUGCAACGUGACGCAGGAAAGAAGAACUGUUUGAACUGACUUCUUCUCCUACUGUGUCUACGCCGUAACUCGGCCAACUGGCUGUGCAGGGAAGUGGAGCGGGAAGAUGAUUGCCGCUUGUGAGACAGAAUAUCAAGUAGCUUGCGCUGUUCCUAUUCUGAUUGCUUUUAUGAACUGUGUGUGUGUGCGUGUGCGUGUGUGUGUGUGUGUGUGUGUGUGUGUGAGUGUGUGUGUGUGUGCGCGUGUGUGUGUGCGUGCGUGAGUGCGUAGAGUUCAGAGUAAUAGCAGUGUAAUUAAAAAAGUGAGUAAACCUCAAAAUUCUGACAAUAGCAAUUUUUUGUUUUCAGUACCAGCAAAUUUAUUCGCAACACUUUGAAUCCAAAUAAACAUCAAAGAAAAAAAUAUAUCAAAGAUGUUACUCCUUUGAAGAACAUGAAAGAAAAAAAGAGAGAAACUAUCAACUAAAAAAUAUGUGAAGAUUUUAACAUUUCUGUGAUGCAAUACACAUGUGAAGCACGCUACAGUUGGUUGAAAAUGUCUGAAAAUUCUGGAGUUGGUCCCAAAGGUCCAUCUUUGAAGAUUCUGCAGAACAAAAAUGCUUUAAUAAUUUACGAUAAAUAAUAAAUAAUCUUCCUUAAAGACUCAUAAGUGAGUUCAAAAGGAGUGGGCUAACAUCUGGCACCUGUGAAUUGGUAUGACACAUAGAUGUGAGGCACUUUUUUAAACACACUGCUAUUUAUACCGAACACAACUGUGUCUUUUAGUGGAGGAAGCCCUCUAUCUGAAAUUGAUCUCAUUGAUCAUACCACGAAAAUCAUCCAAAUUUCUCUUUUUUUUUUUUUUGUUUCCAUCAAAUGGGAAUCUGGUUGAUGUGUACGUCUGUCCAUUGCUCUCAGGUUUCUAACAUGUGUUGUAAGCGUGUGCUUGGUGUGUUCAAAUGUCUUCCAGAUGUGUGGUUCCAAACCAACAGAAAUGUCAGCGGAGUGGAAGCAAGGAAUGUUGAAUGAAUGAUUGAAUGGAUGGACAAAUGAAUGAAUGGAUGGCAGACCGGAAACCGCUUCAGCUGUCACACCUUUUGACUUUGCAUGUCUGAUUCGACGUGAAAUCACAUGUAGGAAAAAAAUAAAAACAAAACACUCAUUUGUUUCACGCCUCUA